AUGGUAAUUUGUAUUUACCAAAUUAUGCCCGGCCCUACUACCCAUUGCUCUUCAAACUCCAUGGAAAUGCAGUGGAAAAUCAUGGCGAGAGGAGAUCGAGACCGACUCAGUGAUUUACCCGACGCGAUUCUACUUUACAUCCUCUCUAUGUUGGGGGAGGGAAAAGAAGUUGUGAGAACCAGCGUAUUAUCUCAGCGAUGGCAGUUUCUUUGGAAGUCCGUUUCAGUGUCACUCAAUUUCGGCGUCCCCGAUUACCCCUAUGAUGAAAGAACCAAAAAGAAAAUUCUUGUUUUCGUAGCUUCCAUCAAUAGAGAGCUUCAUUAUUGGAGGUCUUGUGAGAAAAUCAAAGCAUUUAGGGUUUUUCCCGUUAAAUACAAAGAGUAUCUUGUUAAAGAUUAUGAUUUUUGGGUAUAUUUUGCAAUGAAAGUUGCUAAUGUGGAAGAGUUUACACUUAAAUUUUGUAUUAUCAAUUUUCCAGAUUGCGCGUAUAAGUUUCCCCAAUUUGCGUAUAAAAAUACGUUGUUGAAGAAUUUGGUUUUAGGCAGCUGCCAGCUAAACCCUUCUGGUAGUGUGACCUGGACCAGUCUCGUUUCUCUUUCAAUUGGUCACCUGAAAUUGACGUAUAAUACGUUGGAGAAGAUAUUGUCGGGUUGCCCUAACUUGGAGAGCUUGGAACUGGAUAGUGUUUUGGGCAUUAGUCGUUUGGAAAUCAGCUCUGUGAAGCUGAGAAAAUUGAUCAUAUUAAAUGAUGAAAAUGAUUGUUAUAGCCAGUGGCAUGACGAAGAUACCCAUCCGCUCGAAAUAUUCGCCCCGUAUAUUGAAAAUUUGGUACUUUCGGGGUUCUUAUACAACGAGAUACGCUUGCAGCAGAGCAAUGUAGCUUCACUUGUCACUGCAGUCCUUCAUUUUAAUGUUGAUUUUAUUGAAUUUGAAGAUGAAGAAGAGAAAUUGGAGAAGGAGUUUAGAUAUUUGAAGGAACUUCUUCUCAGCGUUGGCCAUGUCGAGAAUCUUGAAUUGGGUCCCUUGUGCAUCGAGCUUUGUGCAGAGUUCAUCGGAUCUUGAGACAUUGGUCAUUGACUGGAACAAUCACAAACCAAUAGACCGGCUCUUAAGUUACACAAAAGAGGUUGAACAGAGCAGGAGGUUUGAGGCACAUAAAAACUGCUCAUUGCUACACCUAAAGGUCAUCAAGAUCAUUAACUUUCAUGGAAAACUAAGUGGAAAUGAUCUUGUACUUUGAUUGGUAAAAUAUUUGCUAGAGAAUGCAACAGCUCUAGAAAAGUUGGUCAUUGUUGCCAAAUAUGAAGGGAGUGAUGUGCCCCGGGAUUAUGUUGAAGUGGAACAAGAGUUCCUAAGCUUUCCAAGAUCCUCUUUGCACGCUUCAGUUGUCUUUUGUUAUCGAUAAUCUUUUUUCCCUCUUGUUUGUAUUGAUUGCGACGUACUUAACAGCUGUUAUUUCAUUUAGACACUGGUUUGUAGCUGAUAGAUAUGGUUAGGAUUCUGCUUGUCUGUAUCCAAGGAGUUGUUAGUAGUUCUUCAUGUCUAAGCAACAGUGUGUUUAUUCUGUGAUCCUCAUGUAAGAAAUCUUGCUCUAAAUGUUACGUAAACUUCUAUUCGUGUUGCAGAACCAUGAUCAUGUUUUUGCAGUAUGGAAAG